AUGGCACCAAGCAACCAAGAAAGCGAGUACUUGAGCAGCUUACGUUCGGUGCGUGAGCGCUGCUUCCGCGUGCAGGAGGCAGCCAUGCGCAACAAGUUGGAACAUUUUGACGUGGACACAUCCAAGUUGGAUGACAUGGUGACCAUUGUGUUAUCAUUGAUGAAGCGAGAUUUUGAUGACACAAGUCAAAUCCCACAAUUUGGACGUUGGCGACAUUUUGAAGCUGGAGGCAAAUCGCGUAUUCAGCAACAGCUUAUCCAAUCGGCUUGGGCAGGCAUCGACCCGAUGGAACAAACACGUCGUCUUAUUGAUCUUUUUGUGGUGGCGGUCUUGUUGGAUAUCGAUCUUGGUGCUGGUUAUGCCUACCGUGAGCAAGCUUCCGGUCGUGUAUAUAAACAACACGAAGGUGUGGCCAUCGCUGUUUAUGAGAUGUUUUUGGCUGGUACCUUUUCGAGUGAUCCACGUGUGCCUCAUCGAGUUGACUCUGAGGCCUUGUUGGAUUUCUCGCUUGAGACAUUGGUCAACGGCAUGCAAGCAACCGUACUUGAAGGACUCAAGGAUAGAGUGGAUCUCUUACGCCAUUUGGGUCAGCUUCUCGAAAGCCGUCAAGAUUACUUUGGUGCCGGCAUCAACUUACGUCGCCCUGGCAACCUGAUGGAUUAUUUAAUGUCGCAUCCUACUACAAUCAAUACGAAAAAAGGCCCAUUGAUUCAUCUCGAAACGUUAUGGCCCAUUGUUCAAGAUAUGGGUGAAUUGUGGGCUGCCGCUGAUGAAAGUGCCAAAGGUGGUACAUCCGAACUUGGCGAUGUAUGGCCUUGUCAAUCAAUCCGUAACACCAAUGUCUCCAACCCACAUGAUCAUUUUGUUGCAUUCCAUCGCUUGUCGCAGUGGCUGGUCUACUCCUUGGUGGAACCUAUGGAGAAGUUGUUAGGAGCAACCAUUGAAGGCACUGAACAGCUUACUGUAUUGCCAGAAGCACGCAAUGGUGGUUUGUUAAUUGACACUGGUUUCCUCACUCUUAAGCCUAUCGAUCUUGAACGAGGGAUCGAGAAUUAUCGAAAAAAUGCACUUCUCCCUGGCCAGCCCAAAAUGGAAGUCGUGCCAAUGUUUGAAUUGAAUGACCCGGUUGUCGUUGAGUGGCGUGCCCUCACGGUGGCCUAUCUUGAUAUUGUUGCCGAGCGUGUCCGAAAUACGUUGAACGCUAGUAGGAAAUCGCUCACACUUUCACAAAUAAUCCAAGGCGGUACAUGGAGUGCUGGUCGAGAGCUAGCAGAGAUUUCUCGUCCCAAUACCCAAGAGCCGCCUGUUGUUAUCAAGCCUGAUAGACGUGUUCUUUACUAA